AAAUUGAAAGCCCAUUUAGCUAACAGUUCUUCAAGCCACUGUAUCUCUCCCUCUCUCCCUCAGACACUCUUUACACACAGUACACACACUGAAAGGCACCGAAAAGGUUGGAGAGUGGGUUGAGAAGCAGAAAGUAGCGGGGAGAAUGAAGACAGUGUGUGUAACAGGAGCAUCAGGCUAUAUUGCUUCUUGGCUUGUCAAAUUCUUGCUCCAGCGUGGUUACACCGUCAAAGCUUCUGUUCGCGACCCCAAUGAUCCGAAGAAGACAGAGCACUUACUUUCACUUGAGGGAGCGAAGGAGAGACUUCACUUGAUAAAAGCUAAUCUAUUGGAAGAAGGGUCCUUCGAUGCUGUAGUUGAUGGUUGUGACGGUGUUUUUCAUACAGCUUCUCCAUUUUACUUUGCUACCACUGAUCCACAGGCAGAUUUAAUUGAUCCUGCAUUAAAGGGGACAUUGAAUGUGCUUGGAUCAUGUGCCAAAACACCAUCCAUUCAAAGGGUUGUUUUGACAUCUUCCAUAGUUGCAGUUUUUUUCAAUGGUAAACCUCGAACACCUGAAGUGGUAGUUGAUGAGACUUGGUGGUCUGACCCGGAGUUAUGCAAACAAAUGCAGCAAUGGUAUAUGCUUUCAAAGACAUUGGCCGAGGAUGCUGCCUGGAAGUUUGCGAAGGAGAAAGGUAUUGACAUGGUUUCUAUAAACCCAUCCAUGGUAAUUGGUCCGCUGUUGCAGCCAACUCUCAACACAAGUUCAGCUUCAAUUUUGAACUUGAUAAAUGGUGCAAAAACAUACCCAAAUGCUACAGCAGGAUGGGUAAAUGUAAAGGAUGUUGCAAAUGCUCAUAUUCUGGCAUUUGAGAAUCCCUCAGCUAAUGGAAGAUAUUGUGUGGUGGAGAGUGUUGCACACUAUUCACAAGUCGUGAAGAUAUUGCAUGAACUGUACCCUAAUCUUCAACUUCCUGAAAAGUGUGCUGAUGACAAGCCAUUUAUGCCUACGUACCAGGUCUCAAAAGAAAGAGCAAAAGGCCUAGGUGUUGAAUUCACUCCUCUCAAAGAAAGCCUCAAGGAAACCGUUGAAAGCUUGAAGGAGAAGAACUUUUUUAAAGCCCCACUGGCUAUUUGAAUGCCCCCUUCUUCUCGUGUGGCCUAUAGUAUGGUUUGGUAUCAUCUCCGAAUAUCCUGUAGUUGUUACCAAAAGAACUAUAAAACUCUUUCUGUACUUUGUGUAUAAACAGUUAUAAUGGUGUUGCCUUUGGAUGGCUUGUCGAAAUUGCGUACUGUUUUGUAAGUGAACUCAUUGCAACACCAUCUAUAUCAUUUGCUUUUCGCAA